AUGUAUAUGAAAUGGUUUGAUACAGUAAUGUUUUACUAUGUGAUUUUAAUGAAUUUAGUGAAUGUCACUUUUUGUCAUUUUCAAAUUUCCCGCCGUUCCGUCCCCCGUACGUCCUGACGCUCGCAGGGAACGGAACCUGGAAGACAGAUGCCGGCAUCCGCCGGAGGACAUUACAGGGGACACUGCAGGAGGGACAUCGCGGGAGCGCAGGACAAGGUAAGUGAUCGAGGGGUCCCGGAGCAACGCCACAUGGUAAGCCCGAGUGUAGCUCGGGGUUACCGCUUGUGCUACACUCGGGAAUACCGCCAGGGAGGCUACGCA